AACGUUGCCCCGUGCAUUGUGCGCAUGCGCAGUGUCACGAUGGUGGGGCUGGAUAUGGAUUUCAGGGACUGGCAGCUGAGGCGGCGGUGGCAGCAGCGUCGUCAAGGUAACCAGAUCUGGUGCCUGCCCCGCUACCUCUCAGCCUGGGCCCCGUUCCAGGGCCAGCAGCCGUGGCCGGUCGCUCGCGGGAAGAGAGCGGCCGGCUCUGGGCAGCGGGGAUGGCAGCCGCGGGCACGGGCGGCAGCCGCGGCCAAGGUGAAAGCAGCCGGUGGGAGCGCGGCAUCGGGCCCUAAGGCUAAGGCGGUUGGAGCGGCAGACCCCAAGGUGGCUGGCGGGAGCGUGGGGGCAGGGAGCGCGGUGGGCCCAGCAGUGACGGCGGCCUCAGGCGGGAGCGCAGCGGAGACGGCGGCGGCCUCAGGCACCUCGGCGAAGGUGGCUGGUGGGAGCGUGGCCAGGGAGGCCCCAGACCCCAUGGUGAAGGUGGCUGGCGGGGGCGUGACCAUGGUAGCCCCGGGCCUCACGGCAAAGGUGGACGCUGGGAGAGUGGGGGAGGAGUUGAUGGUGGUGGGUUUGGGCCCUGACCGGAGCACAGCAGAGACGACAAUGAAGGUGGCUGGUGGGACAUUGACAGUGACAACGACAGCAGCAACCUCAGGCCCUAUGGUGAAGGCGGCAGGUGGGAGCAUAGUGACCUCAGGGCCUUCGGUGAUGUCAGGGGCCUCAAGCUCCGGAGCGAGCUGCCCCGCAGUGAAGGUGACCAAUGACAUCAUUCAGUCUCCCUCUUUUGGGUCACAAACGGCCACCCCACUGCCAAAACACAACAGUGGGAUAUCUGUAUCUACAGUGGAGUCCAACAGCAGCAGCACAUUGGCUUUCAAGGGUUCUGUGGUUUCAAUGGCAGCCACAAAGAGGCACAACAAGGUCCCUGUGUAUGGGACUCCAGCAGCCAAGCUCCUCAAAUUGCCUGGGCCUGAGGACAGCCAUGGUCCAGCCCUUUUGGAAGCCUUCAAGACUGUGGUAGCAGCUGGUGGGAGUGGCUGGCUGGACCCAGUGGCAGUGGCUGCAGUGAAAACAGAAUUGGAAGUGGGCUGUUCCUCUGAGGAGGACCUUGGAAGCAGGAGCAGAGAGACAAGUGGCAAGAGCAGUGAGCCACAGCAACUCACCUGGAUCCCCACCCUACUUGUGACAGAACGCAAGAGAAAGAAGAAGCCUAUUAGUCAGGAACGCACAACCUUAGUGAACCUUGUACCAUGCACUGAGGAUAGGAUAAAGGAGCCUAAGCCCAAUCGCCUGGGAUCAGAGGACCCAGAAGAGGCCUACAAUAUGGAGCCCCUGUUGUCAUUUUUCCCACCAGAUUCCCCCAUCAGAAGCAUGGUACCAGGUGAGUGGAGUGGGAGGGCUUCAGCCUAUGGAGUUUUAUAAUGCACUCCGUGGCAACAGAAGAUGUUAAAUGUGGGUUCCAGGGUAUGAUGCUUUAUCUUUAGAGGUAGUCUGAAGAUCAUUUGUGUAUGUUUUCCUGCUUCUUUAUGAUGUAUGGGAGGAAAAACCCUAAAAAGAGAGAUACUUAUAAUGGUGCAGGAGAAGAAGAAGAAAUGAUUCUGUGAUUUUCUGUAGAUCCCUGUUUCCUCUGGAAGACUAUGGGUGACUAGAAAAAAUUAAGACUAGGACAUUUGAGAAGCCAGGCAACAAAAACCAUAAUUAACUGAGAAGAGGUAGUGUUUUUUAUUUAUUUUUUAUUCAGACUGUUUAAUAUUUCUCAUUUUUGUUAACACUUUUUUUAACUCAAAUAUCUGAGAAUUCAUUAGGAGAAAAUAAAUCUUAAAUUAUGGACCGGGGGAACUCCAAGCUCACAUCUGAGGCUUCCAAGGAAUCCUCCAACAAAAGCAGGGAACACACGGCACACUGCUGACCUUCCUGCCCCACUCCCACUGCUACACCUUCUCCAUUUCCACAUUGGCAUUUCAGUCUUCCUCUCUUCUUCUUCUUCUUUCUUUGGUAGUGACUCUUCUUUUUUGCUUACAUAACUGGGGUACUUUGGUACUUUGCAGCCUCUAACAUCACUGUGGAAUUACUACCAUAACAGCGAAUGAGUGGCAGGGAAGAUGUUGAUCUGUAAGCAGUAACUAAAUAACAGAAAAUCUUAGGCAGUUUGCAUUUGGAGGUGCAGGAAAUGUAAACUAUUAAUUGUCAAAAGAAGUCAUCCUGUGAGCUGGAGAUUACUUGUAUGCAGUGUCAUUGUAGUGGUUUCGGUCCCCGGAUAUUAGAGACUCUCUCACCAACAGAAGUUGAUCUAAUAAAAGAUAUUACCUCACCCACCUUGCAUCUCUGGAGGUUACUUGACUUUCAGUGAAUGAAGCAAUGUCAAGGAACUGUAGCAAGGAGUGCAUUGCAGCUGAUUCGGAAUGAAAAGGUGGAGGUGAGUGAGACAAGCAAACACAUCUAAUGUCCUGUGGAUUCUAAUUUCACAACUAGGGGAAUUUGAGCCCUCAUCCUGAUUGCUCUUUUGGAAAAAUGUAAUGUAUUCGGAAAUCAUCUUAAUGCUAAAACAAAAUUAUGUCUUUCCCCUUUUGAUUUUUCAGUGUCUGUUGUUGUUUUCUUACCUGAGGUUGUGUGACUUAAUCUUUCUGUAAUGCUUGAUUUCAAUCAGGAAAUGUGGGAAUUGUAGGAAGUAGUGAUGGAAGUCAUCUGUUCAAUCACUUAGUUUACACACCUGCUACCUGACUAGAGCAGGAUUGUAUGCUACAAGAUUUUUUCCCAGUGCUGUCUAUAGGUCUGAAUAUUCCAGUCGAUGGCGUUUCCACUUUCUGGUGGCAACAUAUAUUAGGCUGUGUAAUAGGAAAGUACUUACUUGUAUUCAGCCUACUUUUUUAAGCUUUGGUCCAUUCUUUGGGGUUAGUUAUUACUUGAAUUCAGGUUAUGGCCAGAGGCCUCAGUCAGGAUUGGGUCCCUGUCCUGAUUCAUUCUGUACAUACCCAUGGAAGAUGAUCGCUUUCUUAAGUGUUCAGUCCCCAUGCACUACUGUAAGUUAUUUAUCUUCCUCCUUAGUGUUUAUAUUCUUCACAUAUUUGAAUUGCUGCUUCUUGAUUGAGUACCUCUUGUUGUGACUGAGGAAUGAUAUCUGUGGUUGGCUGGAUUUUUCUUUUUUCUUUUCUUUUCUUUUUUUUUUUUUUUAAUUCCAUAUGAGUUCUUCCCAUUAAGGCUCUUUUUUCUUUUCUCCUUCAUCUGUUUUUGACAACCUUUGCUGCUUCCGGGUUCUAUGUCUCCUUCCCAAACUCUGCUCCCUUUCCUCUUUGUGCUCACAUAACAUCCAUGUAUCCAGUUGUCCCUCUUCCAAUUCUUGCUUGUAUUGUGGGCAGAUUGGAACAGGAGUAUUAAUAGGCAGAGUGUGAUUUGGGAGUGAGUGACUGGAAUUAGCAUGCACUCUUGCAAUAUGAGAAUGCAUGCAGGACAGCAGUCCUACUGAUGGGAUAUGAGGAAUUAAUACAGAAAAAUGGGAAUGUUCUGUGAAAAUCUUUGCUUAAACUUGGUCAUGGCAAGAAAAUCGGUUGAGUGACCCUUUAUAGAGAUUAACAGCCUGAACAAGAAGAAUCAUUGAGGCGGACCCUCUCCUCCCCCCAUCCCAACCUCAAAAACAAAUUGACAACAUUGUGCAUCUUGUAUGGGAAAGACAUAUGUGACAGUAGGAAUAGGAUUUAAUUAAAACUCUGAGCCUGUCAGUGAAGGAUGUUUGUGGGGAGUUUGCUUUGAGCUAUAAGGGAAGUAAGAUGCAAUUUAAAGUAUAGAUCUAAGGGAAAACAGCCUGCUCAUCAGGGGGUUGGUUUUUACUCUUUCCUUUGUUAUAGUUUGGUACUUGAAAAACUGUCACACUUCUUAGUUUGGUCUUUAUAGUUUUUAGUCAGCAAGGACUGGUGUUCCUGGGGCGGUGGGAUAUAGACCUUAUAGGGUCUGUAAAAUGAUUAACUGUAUGGUAUUUUA